AUGCGUCGGGGUGCUGGACUUGCCGCCUUCGAUCUGCAAGAACAGUCCAAGCGCUCCUUCGCCCAGCUCUCGAACCAAUUCUCGCAAUCUCAAGUAGACAACCUUCACGCCCAGCUCGCUCAGUUUCGAUCAGCUCUGAACCAUUUCGCUUCUUCUCACCGGGACUCUAUCCGGAAAGACCCUGCUAUUCGACAUGCCUUCCAACAAAUGUGCGCGUCUAUUGGUGUAGACCCCCUUGCCGGGCCCCGAAAAGGUGGCUUUUGGGCGGAGAUGCUCGGACUCGGAGAUUGGCAAUAUGAACUUGGCGUCCAAAUCGUUGACGUGUGCGUGAGUACGCGAGAACGGAAUGGGGGUUUAAUCGAAAUGGAAGAACUCCUCCGGAUGGUCAGAAAGCUGCGCGGUGUGGAAGGCGAUGAAGUCACGGAGGACGAUAUCAUGCGAAGUAUCAAAACUCUCGAGCCACUGGGGGUGGGUUACGAGGUCUUCAGCGUAGCGGGCGGUCAAAAGAUGGUGCGGAGCGUGGUCAAGGAGCUGGAUGAAGACCAAGGGGUUGUCAUGGCUAUCGCUCACGAACAGGGAGGACGGAUUGUGGAAGCCAUGCUUGUCGACCGUAAAGGUUGGACCCACGCUCGCGCUCAUGCGGCACUGGAGAACAUGCUGCUGAGAGAUGGCUUAUGCUGGCUCGAUGAACAGGACGAGCAGUGUGGGAGAGCAUAUUGGGUCACAUCAGCAAUGAAAUGGGACAUGUAG